AUGAUUGGCAGUGUGUUCUUCAUCUUCAACCGGAUGGUGGAGAUUACCUUCCUCAUUCCGAUCAUUGGCAUGCUGGCUUAUUUCGUUGAUGGCUACCUCAAGGCCAACAUGCUCAUGCCGCCCUACAUCCUGGUCCUUUUCAUCGUCAGUGUGAUCGCGGUCUUCUGGGCCAUCGAUACCUUAAUCCGCUUCUCCGCGGCCAAGCGCUCAUCCGUCUUCGUUUCGUUCCUCGACAUGUGCUUCUUCGGCGCUUUCAUCGCGGGCGUCUACCAGUUGCGCUUCAUCGCGAACGCUGAUUGCGCACAAUGGGAUGGCGGCUCCGUUUGGGUAUCGUUGGGCCCGUUUGGCGCGUAUGGCACUAGCACCAAUAACCCGCUCGCGCUGCACGUCAACAAGACUUGCGCGAUGCUGAAGGCUUCAUUUGCCCUGGGGAUCAUGGAGGUUGUGUUUUUCGCCUGGACUGCGUUCCUUGCGCUGUUCAUCCACAGCAAGCACCGCGAGGUUGUUGUCAAGGAAACUACUGUCCGCCGACGUAGUCACAGCAGCCGUCGUGGUCACUCCUCCUCCCACCACCGACACCGCAGCUCUAGCCGCACCAGACCUCACUAUGUGGUUUAG